GCUCUAUAAAUUGAUCACAACUUCUCUAUUUUUUUUCAUCAAUACCUUCCAAAUUCAAAUAAAAUAUUUUCUAUUUGAUAAAAGUUAGAGAAAAAAAAAAUGGAAUCAUCGACCACAUUCCUUCUCACAGCACUAAUUUUAAUUUCUUCAUACACACACUCAACCUCAGCAGCAAGAUAUCCAACAUCGAAAAUAAACACAGAGUUCAUUAGAACUUCUUGUCUUGCCACAACAUAUCCCAAACUUUGUUAUAGCUCACUCUCGAGCCACGCAAACUCAAUCCAAACGAGCCCUCACCUCAUUGCUAGCACGGCCCUCGAGGUGACGCUGUCGUCGGCCAAAACGACAUCAGCCAUGAUGUUAAACCUGUCGUUGAGCCAGGGCUUGAAGCUGAAAGAGGUGGCUGCGAUGAAGGACUGCGUGGAAGAGCUGAGUGACUCGGUAGAUGAGCUGAAAAGGUCUAUGGGAGAAAUGAGCAAGGUAGGGAAGGAAAGCCGUGACUUUAAGGUGAUGAUAAACGAUAUUCAAACUUGGGUUAGUGCUGCUUUGACGGAUGAGAGUACGUGCAGUGAUGGGUUUGGAGGAAACGAUAUGAAUGGGAAUUUGAAAACUGUGGUGAGAGGGAAGAUUGUGAAUGUUGCCCAAUUGACUAGCAAUGCUUUGGCUUUGAUUAACAAAUAUGCGUUGAUUCACGGGUAAAACGGUCCGGUGUUAGGUCCAUUAUUAUAUGUGUCUUAAAAUUAGGGGUCUAAGUUUGGUGGUAUUACAAAACAAACAAAAAGAAAAUUGAUUUGUGACGCUAGCUUUUAAGAUGUUUGAAUUAAGAUGAUAUAAAUAUAUAGGGUAAAUCUAUUGUGGGGCUCCUUAUUUUUUCCGCAUGCUAUGGGGAAAGAAAUUGAGCCAAUCAGAAGUUAAAUAAAUGUAAGUGUUGAUAAUUUUUGUUAAGACAUA